AUGGUGACAGAACAGAUUAGAAUCACAAAACGUGUAGGUACUAACCCUGAAUACACUGAUAAUGGUAGUAAACCGCUGCCGAUAACAUCAGUUGAAGCACAAAAUGCUGUUCAUAUGGUGACACCGGAACGUAUCUCAAAGAUGUUGGAGACAAGAGGUCCCUUAGCAAUAAGGUUUAUUACUCAAAGUUUAUCGGAAGAGAUUCCAUAUUUCAAGAAUUUAAGUACUUCAAAACAAAGACGUUUGAUUAUGAAUGUAAUGGAGACAGGUUUUGAGGAACAAUCUUUAAUAUUUGAAAAAAUUGGUUGGGGUUUAUGGACUGUAAGGAAAGUUUUACCUGAAGCAUUUAGACAAGAACGUGAAAUGACAAAUAAACUAAAUGCAAAAGUUAGAGAUAAUAGUAAUAAUCCAAAUGCGCCAGAGGUUAAAAGAAGAUUAAGUAGUAAUAACACAAGAAAGAAAUCUCAAGUGGAGAGUAUGAGUGUACCAUUGUCUCCAAAAUUAAAAGCACAAGGUCAAUUACCAAAUGGGGCAAGAUCAGUUGUAUAUAUAGAUGAAAAUGUUUUACAAACUGAUGAAGAUGAUAAUGAUGUCUUUAGUGAAGAGGAUUAUGAUGAAGGGCAUGUAAUGAGUAAUAAUAAUCAUAAUCAUAACUCUAAUGGUAAUAAUAAUGUUAAUAAAAUUAAAAAUGAACAUGAAGAUUUUGUUCAUGAAAUGAUUAGACCUAAUGGUGCAUUUAAUUUUAAUAGGCGUAAAUCAAGUGUAGUAUACGAUGAUACUAUGCCUGAAGCAUUAGAACAGGAAAUGUUAGCACAAAAGAUUAGACCAUUAUUAAAAAAUAAAAGUCGUAGAUCUAGUUCAAAAGGUCGUCCUGUGCAUAUUUUUAACAACAGUAACACUAGCAAUAAUAAUAAUAAUAAUAAUAAUAAUAAUGGGAGUCAUAAUACUGAGAGUAUUAUUGGUUCACCAUUAAGUGGGAAACAUAUAUUAGACAAUGAAAAUAUUCCACCUUUACCAAAAGUGUUAUACUCAAGUGAAGAUUCAAAUAUUAAUCAAAAUAAUUUCCCAUUGCGUAAGGGUUCGAUUUCUGGAUUAAAUAAUGAUUUAAAACCUGGUCGUAAUUCAUUUAGCGAAGAUGUAUCACGCAGAUCAUCUUCACGACUCUCUGUGUCUAAGGAAUCAGGUAUAAGAUCCACAUUAUUUCAUACACUUAAUGAUAUUUCUGCACAAGGUUCAAAUAAUUCUGCUACAUCCUUAGGAAAUAGAUCUCAAAUGGGAGUAUUCCAGUCGCCUGGUCUCCCAAUCAUAGAACAAAAAGAUCAAAUCAUCGCUUUAGCUAAUAACAAUAACAGCAAGAAAAAUGUCAGUGAUAGUAACAUCCCAAUGACAAAUACUAAUACUAUCGAGUCACCACAUUCGGAUACAGAUGAGGAAGACUGGGCCAAUAUCGGUGCAGAGUCCCUCAGGACCAUGAGUAACGACAUCAGCCCCAUUACUACAAACAAGCUAGCAACUCACACAAACAAUACUGGUGAUGCAGACGAUGCAGCAAGAGUCCUGCUCAGUCUCAAGUAA